CCGAACGUUCUUCCCCGGUCCUCUUGAGCCACCAAGAACCCGAUUCGAUCCAGUCCGCACCCCGCAAUGGCGCCCCGCCAGUUCCGCAACGAUAGCCCCACCAACAGCGUCGUUGGCCGCGGCUGCAUCGUGCCGCUGGAGUCCUCCUCCUCGUCCUCCUCCUCGCCGCCGCCGUCCUCCCCGCCCGACGGCCAGCGACCCACGUCUCCCGCGCAGGAGACAGAASAGGAUCCUCGGAGCGACAGAGGGCCCCCGUCCCCAUUCCGGGGCGGCGAUUCCUGGYCGMARCGCCUCCGGUCGGCCCUCGGAAGGGUCCUCGGGGAAAAGGCCUCUGCGCUGUCGCAAAGGGCGGUCGCCGGGCUGCUGGUGGCCGCGAUYGCCCUGGCGGUGCGGAAGCGGGGGGGAAGCCUUUCCGGCCGGAAGCUCCUGCGGUACCUCCUCGCCGGCCGCGAGGCCCCCGCUGCGGGACUCGCCGCAACAGCAGCGGGGAGUGCGAGUGCUAUUGCGAAUCCCGGUGCGAGUCCGAUUGCCACCGCGGACCCGGGGACGGCCCGGACCCGCAAGAGCCCCCUCGGGUGGAUCCUUGCCGGACUCUGCGCGGCCCUGGAACACCUGCGGAAGACCCCCGACCACGCGCACGCCGAGGCCGCCUCGCUCGGCCUGCUCCGGAACGCGGCACGGAACGGAACCGUCCAGAGAGCCCUCGUCGGCGCCACCGACAUUGUCUUUCGCACCGGCGACCGGGAAUGGAAGAGGACCUCCCUGCCCCCGCAGAGCCAGGGACUCAAGGCGGACCUGGUGGACCUGCUGGCGAAGGGGGGCUGCGGCGACAUCGCGGCCCUUCCCGACACGCUCUGGGAAAAGGCGGCAACGCCACUGCUGRCCGCCCUCCCCUUUGUCUACCUCGCCUUUGCCUACCGAAUGCUCAGGGGACUGCAAAACGGCGGCGACGGAGGAGACUUCUUCUCGUCCAAGCUGCUGCCGGGGCCGAAACGUGCCGGAAACGCGAAAGCAAGGACGACCUUUGCGGACGUGGCGGGCCUCGACGCCAUCCUUCCCGAGGUCGGGGAGAUCGUGUCAUACCUCCGAAAUCCCUCGGGCUUCCAUGCUCUGGGGGCCGAACCCCCCCGCGGCAUCCUCCUGCACGGGAGCCCGGGGGUCGGAAAGACGAUGAUCGCCAGGGCCAUUGCCGGGGAGGCCGGCUGCGACGCCUUUUGCGUCUGCAGCGGGAGCGACUUUUGCGAAAUGUACGUCGGGAGGGGGGCCGGCCGGGUCCGGACGCUCUUCCGGGAAGCCCGGAGGGCGGCGCUGAGGACCCGCGGCGGAGACGCCGGGUGGCCCUGGCCCCUCGGAAGUCGGCAAAGCGGCCGCGGGGCCGGGAGCGGCGUCUCCCGGCCGGCGACGGCCAUUGUCUUCAUCGACGAGCUCGAUGCGGUGGCCMGGUCGAGAUCGCACGGCGGGAUCGGGAACGCAAACGACGAGAGGGACCAGACGCUGAACCAGCUGCUGACGGAAAUGGACGGUUUCUUCCGGGGGGGCAACCCCACGGCUCCCGGAUGUGGCGGGGACGAAGGGGACGUCCACGUCGUGGUCAUCGCCGCCACCAACCGGCCCGAGGUCCUAGACCCGGCCAUCCUGAGGCGCUUCGACCGGCAGAUCAUGGUCCCCCUUCCGGACCGGGAGGGCCGGGCACAGAUCCUGAAGGUCCACGCCUCCAAGACGCGCUGCCGUUUCUCCACGAUCCACUGGGACUACCUGGCCGAGGAAACCCCCGGCUUUUCCGGGUCCGACCUCAAGCAGGUCGUCAACGACGCGGCCCUCCUGGCGGUCCGGCAGAAGAGCAGGCACAUCGAACAGGGCCACCUGCUCCGGUCGAUCCAGCGGGCCAGGGCCAUGAGGGUCCGGAACGACAUUGCGGGGGAGACCCGGGGACACCUCCCGCCGUCCGUCCUGCCCUUUGUGGGCCGGUCCUGAACCGAGCCCGGUGUGCCCCGGGUGCCCACGCCAACGCCGUCCGUAUCUUGUGGCGUGUGCGGUGCGAUGCGGGUACGCACCUGUUGCGCUAGAGAACCGCUUUUGUUGUGAGACGGGAACUGCAACGGAACCGACGGAACCAUCGCUUUCUCUCGUUUCGUUUGGAGGGAAGGGAAUAGUACAGUAUUAUYCUUGGUUUCUGGACCGUACUCUGGGGUAUGGAUACCGUAGUACGACAGUAAGUUUUGUACGUACCAUACGGUACGGUUGUCUGAAGACCGAACACGAGAUACGAGUACCAUACUGCCUUGUACCAGGCAACGUACGUGUACAUACACAGGGAGGAGGGAGGGGUCUAUGAUUCCCUGCGUGUAAUACCUACGUACGUGUCAUACGUAUGAGUACGUGUACGUACUCGACACGAAACUUCUUGGACCAUCGUUCAGGAAAAACAGAGAUUCUCGAAAAACGAUUACGAGUACUACUACUAGUAGUCACGGUGAUUUCUAUUUUAGUACCGGUACGUAUCUGCUUUAUGAAGAACAAGAUGAACACUGAAACUACCAAAUCAUAAAAUAAUAAACUGCUAUCAUU